AUGGAGAAAUUUCUCAUACUACCUAAGGAAUUUAUGUGUGAUGACCCACUUUGGAUAAUGAUUCUCCCACAAUCAUCUUUGCAACAACUAAAAAAUCUUAUUCUGAUGAACACUCGGUUGGUUGGGAAAAAGGAGAUCAGUACCUUGUUUUACAGGAUGCCAGUUACUGUAGCUAGUUCGUUUGCAUAUCAGAAAAUGCAUAUUAAAUCUGACCAGCACGUUUCGAUGAUGUUUUCGUAUCAUCGUAGCAUUGAAAGUAUCUAUUCGAUGGAACUUUGUGUGAAGCUUCAAGAUGUGGGGGGUAGCUCAUCUAGUUUGAAUAACGUGGAGGAACUGCGGAAUUUCGGUGCUGGUGAAGCCGUUCCAUUUCCGGAGAUUAGCAGAGCUCACAGUCCGUCGUUUAACGCCUUCGUUGUGCCCAGCCGGAAUGCAGAAAAUCCGCACGGACGUCCCUCGCUCACAACUCAUGCUGCAUCUCCGGAAGGUAUUGCAGACGGGUUGGCUGACUCGUCUGACGAAGACGAGAUUGAGGAUGAUAGUGUAGACGAAGCAGAAGUUAUUCCGGAAACCCAACCGGUUCAAAAAGAAACGUUUAUCCUAACUCUAGUCGAACCGAUAAAUGUGAUGGGGGUAGGCAGUUUUUCCAGCAGCACUCCCGACCACUAUCUUCAACUGAGUCUUGGUCCAAUGAACUCGACAACCGCGGAAGACAUAUCGAGCAACUAUGCUUUGACCAGUGAAAUGGAGCUGGAGAUCGGACUGAAAUUCCUGAAUAAAGAAACAGCAAUGCUUGCGGUUAAGAACUACAAUAUUCGUAGAAGUGUAGAAUUCAAAAUGGUAGAGUCAGAUCAUACUCGGUAUGUAUGUCGAUGCAAACUUUUUGGUGAGCAGUGUCGCUGGAUGGUAAGGGUUGCGAAGAUGAGGGCUUCCAGAUUUUGGAAAAUCCAAAAAUACCAAGGGCCUCACAGUUGUUUGGCAUUUGCGACGUUGUAA